AUGACUGAUGACAAAACCUUCCCAACAGUAACUCAGAUGGCACAAGGGAAAUUACACUGGAUUUUGGUAGGCAAGGAAGUGUACAAAUAAAACUUAGAACUCUAAGUCCGUGAAAGCAACAAAAGAAAAACUCCAAAGCACACAAAGCGCAGUUGCCUCAAGAGCAUCUGCCCCAGUGCUUUCACAUUCAGCACUCAACCACAACAGCCUGGCUGCAAGCCAGCCCAUAAGCAGGCACAGGAACAUACUGCCUCUGCCUCCAAUACAGCCACCACGUGGUCUCACCUUGCCUGACUCAAGAGAAGCCUGAAGGAAAAAAGCAAAGAGAAAGCAAAACUAAAAAGGGAAACAAGGGAACUCUCUGGAUAAUGAUGAAAAGAAACAUGCAACAUCUCAUAAAGCUGGCCUCACAGCAACACCUCAAACACCAUCAUGAAGAUUUACCAGGCUGCUGCCCAGCACAACACAAGUCCCUCCAAGGCAAUGCCUACAAAGCCUCAGACCCCAGGGAGGCACAGCAUCCUACUGCUCUUGCUCUUUCUGCCAGCUUCCACCAUUGCCUCCGCCUGCAGCCACCUUCGCCCCCAGGACGCCACCUUCUCUCGCGACAGCCUCCAGCUCCUUAAGAAUGCAGCUCCACCUCCACCACAGCCUUGCCCACAAGAAAAUGUGCCUCUUCCAUUUCCGGAAACCCUUUUGGAAAGCAAGGACAAGAAGCAAGCUGCUAUCACCACGCUCCUCAUCCUCCAACACCUCUUCAACUUGCUUAGCAGCCCACGCACUCCAGCACACUGGAUUGACCAUGCACACCACAGCCUCCUCAACAAGAUACAGCACUACACCCAUCACAUUGAAAAAUGCUUCGCAGACCAAAGCGUGCGCUCCCAGAGACGAAGGCCUCGCAACUCUCACCUCAGCAUCAACAAAUACUUCAAAUCCAUCCACAGCUUCCUCCAGCACAACAACUACAAUGCCUGUACCUGGGACCAUGUCCGCCUCCAGGCUCAAGACUGCUUCCGACACCUGGACACACUCAUACGACAGAUGAAAAGUCAAGCUUCUCACAACCCAUUCCAAACGUCUCAACACCCAGUGACUGUCCCCAGCCAACAGCAAUGGCCACCUAUCAAGAGGAACCCGCCACAGCACUAUUCACUCAGCCUUCCUCCACCCAAUGGCUGCAGCAACUGGGACACAGGCAUGACUGAGCCCAGCCCAUUGGCAUCAUGUCACGGACUGAGCCUGGCGAUGGCACAGCCCAUCCUGCCACAGCACCUCGCCCACACCACAACCCAAACUUGUUUGGAAUGGGAGGAUGAAGUCUUUGCGAUGCUGCACACCUGGGAGAGUGGGGAUAGGAUCAGCAUUUACUUCUGAGGAAGUCUUGUAGACAGCCUCCCCUGAUGGAGGGGGAAGGUCUCAAUGGACACUGUUGUACUUGCACAGGCUGAUGACUUGCUAUUUAUGACAGCACUUUAUUUAUUUGCCUAUUUGUCCCUCAUUCUUUUUUUAUUAUUAUUUAUUUAUAUUUAUUAAUUGGUUCACU